UUAUCUCGUAAUCUCCGUAAUCUGUUAUCUUGUUAUAAUUUUUCAUUCAUAAAAUACAUUACGAGAACAUAACGAGAUAAUGGACUCUGGGGUGCGUAAUCUUGUUAUCUCGUAAAAAUUUUAUUUUAUUAAGUACUAGCAGCUAACUUCAUGCCUUUCCGAAAGCUUUCGGAGCUUUCAGAAAAAGCUAAAAUUGAAUGAGAAAUGACAUAACCUCAGAAUUUGUGCUGUGUUUUGGUUCGCGCCGGACAUUAAAAUGGGAAAGAACACCGAUAAUUCUGAUGUGAAAAAGCGAGUAAGGAAGCACCCAGUCCGCAAAUGGGAUGACGAAUGCAUCAAGCUUAUUUUGGAGCAUUUAAAGGAGAAUAUCCCAAUCGAGAAGCCAACAGCGAGGCAAUAUUAUACGAGAUUCUGCGACCUGUACCCUGAGCUCCAGAUCGAGGAUCCAGAUUUAGUGCGUCAGAAGGUUGUGCACCUCAAGACAAAAUAUAUCCAAGUUGAGCAGUGGCGCAACGAGUCGGGGAAUGGAGUGAAAGACGGUGGAGAAACUAUCAAUGAAAUACUGAACAGGAAAUGUCCAUUCUAUACAGACUUGGAUGAGAUAUUUUCCCAGAAAAAGAGUGUACGAUUGCAGAGAAUUCUCGACAGUGGCAAUGAUGAAUCCGUCCAGCACUUUAGGGCAUUUACACAAAAAUCAGUGACCGCAAAACGUCCAACAACAACUGUGACCAACAACUCUAGCCAGAUUGAAACCGUUGCACCCCAUCGUCUUGAAAAUUUUGUCCCUGCUGAGAGUCCCGGUGAAGAUGAGGAUAUCGUAAUUUCGUUGACUGAUGUGAAUCCAGGCACAUCAAACAUGGAUGACAAUCGCCGUGAUGGCCGUGAUAUCUCGACAUUCAGGAAUAAUUUAAGCAACUGUGCUGACCACUCACAACAGAUUGAUGAACCUGAUGACUCUGAUGAAGCUUCACGUCCUGCAGUAUGCGAAGCACCGGGAAAAAGACUUCGCGGACUAUCAGGCACAUCUUCUUCAGCCAAGAAGAAGCGUAAGAUUACCAGCGCUGGAUCAAUGCUGCCUGGAAUCGAUGCACUGGCGGCUGAAAGGAAAGCUUCAACUCAGAUGCGGGUGGAGUUCGAGAAAGAAAAGCUCGCCAUUGAGUCCAGCUUGGAAGACCGGCGACUCAGCCUCAUGGAGAUGGAUAUAAAAGCAAAGAUCGAACUUGAGAAGCGCAAGCAGGAGUUUGACGAGAGGAUCAGGUUGCAGGAACUGAAAUACAAAUAUGGCAUCACUGAAAAUAUUCCUCGAGACCUUGAUUGUUGAGCAAAACCAAAGAGUACAAAAUUUCUAUCAAGUUUUUUUUUUA